AUUUCACUCUUAUAUUACUCGGGAGUUGGGUGUAAUAUAGAAGUGACAGCGAGACUCAACAAAACUUCGAUUGAAAGCCAAAACCCAGAGGUGAAGAACAAAGAUCUUUCCAAUUUCCAAUCCCAUCUCCCAAAAUCACGCAAAAAUCAUGUCAUCGUCAUCAACAGAAUCAUUCAAACAGAUCUUCAUCUUGUCAGGCCAAAGCAACAUGGCAGGAAGAGGAGGAGUCAUCAAAUACACCGAUCACCAUCAUCACCAACACAAAAAAUGGAACGGCGUCGUUCCACCACAAUGUCAACCUCACCCUUCAAUCCUCCGUCUCAACGCGCAUCUCCACUGGGAGGAAGCGCGUGAACCUCUUCACGCCGACAUCGACCAUCGGAAGGUGUGCGGAGUGGGGCCCGGUAUGGCAUUCGCUAACGGGAUUAGAGAGCGCGUGAGUGGGACCUUAGGGCUUGUUCCAUGUGCUGUUGGGGGAACAGCGAUAAGAGAGUGGGCGCGUGGGUGUGAGUUGUAUGAGAAUAUGGUGAAGAGAUGUAAAGCGGCGGCGGUGGAGAGCGGUGGAGGUGAGAUCAAAGCGUUGUUGUGGUAUCAAGGAGAGAGUGAUGCGACGGCUCAUGAUGCGGAUGCGUAUAAAGGGAGGAUGGAGAAGUUUGUUUGUGAUGUUCGGGAAGAUCUUCAAUCGCCUUUGCUUCCAAUUAUUCAGGUUGCUCUGGCAUCAGGAGAUGAGAAAUACAUAGAAAAGGUGAGAGAAGCACAGCUCGGGAUCAAACUCCCGAAUGUGGUGUGUGUGGAUGCAAAAGGGUUGAAGCUCAACGACGACAAUCUUCAUCUAUCUACUGAGGCUCAGGUACAACUAGGUCAGAUGUUGGCUGAUGCCUACCUUUCUCAUUUUGAUUCUUGCUCUACUUAGGCUACGUAUGCAACCUCUUCACUUCAUAUUAUUUGGAUAACUUAUGGGUAGGUAUUUUCAUGUAUUCAAUAAACCAAAUUUCGACGGUUGUUGUCCGUCUUUGUAAAGCAACCAUUCAAAUAAUAGCACUUCUUUAGGGAUCCGGAUUCCGGAUCAUACGUCUUAUUUGAGUUCCCUUCCGGAGUUUCAAGGUGCUGGAGUGGAAUCAUGUAACUGACCAGCUGUUUGAUGAAUCAUGAAGAAAUUGUACUUAGGAAAAUUCCUUUUUUUUCUUUUGAAAAGAAGAUUGCAAGCGUAGUUACCCAAUACACAAAAGACGGUCUCACAGUGAGAUUUUCCUCAUAUAUGGGUUAAAUAGACCAACUAAGGCAUUUAUUAGCAUAUGAGCUUCUUGUUUUGAGGUCGUCUCACCGAAAGACGGUCUCUUACAAAACUAGUUCUACCCAAUAUAGUUAUAAGUAAUUUCCGAGACCGGAAAGACCUUUCUUUUGUACACUUUUAGAAAAACCUAAUUGUUAUUUAUCGGGUUGAUUAUCUUGCUUGGGACAAUUUAUCAUUUCGGACAGACCGACAGAGCAACAACCCAUCACCAGCGCUGCAUACUUGCAUAUAGUUAUCACAAUUGAAAUUGAAACUAUAUUCUUACACUAUGGACUAUGCUACUUGCUUAUUCUCGUAUCAUGUAUUCAUGUGACAUAGUUCUACUUCUAAUUCAAAGUAUAGAUCCCGUCCACAAUGUGGUAAUGCUUUUCUGGAAAUGGGAACAAGGUUCUCUGCUUUAUUGUAUAUAAUAUGAUAUCACAGCAAUUCUUUUAAUAAGAACAAGUGUUUUUUCAAUUACUCUUGUGAGAAAUCGUUUCUUAGUGAUGUAAACUCAAAAUAAGAAAGCUUAUAUUCUCAUAGUAUGUAUAAGCUGUGCUAUCUAGCCCAUGUGUGGAUGCG